ACAAGUCAAAUGAUCUUGUUCUUGGUACCGUUGUGUUAACACGAGAUUUUUGUGUGAAGGAUUUGAGUUGAUUUAACCUGUCUGAAGAGAUUUCAUCACAGAGCACUAGAUUUUAACCACCUGAUCUGUGCGCAGACGGAGGACAGAGUUUGAGGAAGGAGGGUGAAAAAGAGAAAAGUCAGAUAUGGAGACGUUCAGCUCCAAGGACAUGGCUCUCAAGGCCCAGAAAAAGAUUCUGAGCCAAAUGGCGACCAAGUCCGUAGCGCAGAUGUUUAUCGACGAAACCAGCAGCGAGAUUCUCGACGAGCUUUACCGCGUGUCGAAGGAAUACACUCGAAACCGCACCGAGGCCCAGAAAAUUGUGAAAGACCUUAUCAAAGUAGUGGUGAAGAUCGCUGUGCUGUUCAGACACAAUCGAUUCAAUGACGAUGAGCUACAACUGGCACAGACUUUCAAAAAGAAGCUGCACCAGGGAGCCAUGACAGCAAUCAGCUUCCACGAGGUGGACUUCACAUUUGACAAGACAAUUAUAUCAGAUAUACUGAAGGAAAGUAGAGACAUACUUCUCAAGCUUGUAAACACUCACCUCACUCCUAAAUCUCAUGGACGAAUCCACCACGUCUUUGACCAUUACUCUGACGAAGAGCUCCUCACCCAGCUUUACAAUCCAUCUGGUUCCCUCAAGCCCCACCUCACCAAAAUAUGCAAUGGACUUAAUAAACUACUGGAGGAUGGGACGUUAUGAGAACAGUGGUGUAUUGACAGUCUUUUUUUUAAAAGGAUUGGCAUGCUGGAACACCUUGACUGAUACUAUGUACUCAAAGCAAAGAGGCAAAAUGAGAACACUGUGGAGUGGAUGAGGGCAAGGGACUUCACUUAAUAACUUAAUAAAUAUUUAAGUGUUCUGUGAGCCUGAUGCUGUUAACACAAGUUAAUGUCAAACAGCCACGGAAUGGAGUGAGCUCAGAUCAAAUGUCUAAAUAUUUUAUAUGAACAUUUUUGUAUCGCUGUGUUUCCAGCUGUGCGGACUACUUAUUUUGAAUAACUGUGUUUAAACCGCUGGGGUUCUGUUGUAAAAUAUACCAAAUUGUAUUCAAAUAUGUUCAAAAGACCACACAAAUAUUUUAGUAGGACACUGUUCACACUGCCAUCUAGAGGUCCAAGUUUGUCACUACAAAUAAGUCGCAUCAAUUUUGAUAUUGAUUUUACACAAGCGAUUGAACAUUUCUAAGGGUGAUACACUGUUCUAUAAUAAAUAAUAUCUCUAGAGGUCUCUUCCAUUAAUGAUUAAAUAAUUUAAAUACAA